ACUUCCUCCUUGAAACUGUGCAUGUGGUGUUUUUAAAGUUCCUCUUAGUCUUUGUCAAUAAAUAACUUCUUUCGCAGACACGAGUGCGAUUCUGGCUGCGGUGUGGGUUUGAAGAGACUAUAAAGAUAAUUUCUCUGAUAAAUAAAUAUAUGUAAAACAACAAGAACAACUUUUUGUAUGUUAUUAUUUAUUUAUUUAUUUAUUUUAUUUACGAUACAGUAUAGAAGACUAGACCUGUAAAUGAUGGAUGGCAAUCCUUUCUUAAAAUCUUCACCGGCGAGUUCGGAGUUAGACUCCCCAGCUGCGGACAACACGUCUGCCGUCCAGCAGGACCAGUACAGACAGACUUUGACCCAGCGGAGCAGCUUGGCUUUGAACGGAGAGGCAGAGCCUGAUGACCAUGGGGAGGAGACAGAGGGUCACGGUAGGCAUUUGAUCUCUAGCGGGAAUGACACUGAAGAAAACGUGACCAUCAUCUCGGAGAGCAUGACAGUAACGUCAGCCGACGAAGAAAAACUCCUGCUGCUGAACAGGAACACAGAUCUGAGGAGACUCAACAAGGAGCUGAUGAAGCUGAAUGAGGAGUGGGAUCAUAUCUACCGCAGCACCACGAUGGGGCUGCAGGAGAAGAUUAGCUCCCUGCAGCAGGAGGUGGUGGGGCUGAACCAGCACAACGAGAGGCUCGUAAUGAAACUGGAGCACGAGCAGAGUAAACGUGAGUACUAUGAGCAGACCCUGCUGCAGGAGCUCAGGAAGAACCAGCACCUUCAGGAGUAUGUGCGCCACCUAGAGGGCAAGAUUCACCGCAGCAGCAGCAGCAGCACUGCCAGUGAGCGGCCAGCAGAGGUACUGAAUGGCGUGGAGGUUUGCAGACCGCCAGAGGUUUGCGAGGGUUUGUAUGAGUUCCCCUCCCAGCCCCCCCGCAUGCAGUACAAGGGCUCCAGCCACUCGCCUCCCCCACUCGAACCACCAGGAAAUGGCGACAGAAAGCAGGGCAACCCCAGGCAGGGCAGAUCAAAGCAGGACAGCGCCACCUUGAGGUCAUUUAAGGGACAGUCUGACAUGCUGAAGGAGGUGCAGGAGCUGAAGGACCAGCUGGAAACCCUUAAAUGCCAGACACAGAUCUACGAAGCUGACUACAAGACAGAACACAAAGACAGAGAGCGCAUGAAGAAUGAGAACAGCAAGCUGCGACGAAAGGAAGAGGAGCUGCGCCAGCAGAUGGCGCUGCAGCAAGAGCAGCUGAAAGUGUAUGAAGACGAUUUCAGAAAGGAGCGCUCCGAUAAGCAAGUCUUGCAGAGGCUCCUGUUAAAGAAGGCAGGACCGACUGACCCUGUCCUGGUCCACCGGUGCAACAACGAGCACGAGCGCCCGCCCGGGGAGAGGCAGGGCUCAGCCCACCGCAGCGGCUGUGCCAAGCACUGUGAGCGGCACGGGCACAAGGCCAGCGAGUGCCGCCGAGCGCAGCGGCCACACCAACACCAGGAUGCAGAGGUGCAGGCCUCCCCUUUCACUAUCGACUACCACUAACCAGAGCCAGCACUCAGGAGCAGAUACUGAUACUCCCAUUGUUGGACUUCAGUAGAGACUGGCUUUUUCAGUUUCCAUGCUGAAAAUGGAAUAGGGAAAGGGAACUGUAACCUUUGAAGCUCCUUCAAAUAUCUUUAUCCUGAGUGAGACAUUGUUUUAUUUUAUAAAGCUGAUUCUAGAUAUAUUCACACUGUGGUAACUGUUUUGUCAGUCUCCAUUACAAAAAUCAAUUUAAGGGUACAAUGAAGUCAUUUUGCAUUGGUUGUGAAUGGGUAAUAUUUGGGCUUCGACUGCACUUAGGAGUCUGGCAAAGUGUUGUGAAACAAUUCCCCAACCACAGUCUUGUUCUGCCUUUAUUCAUCCAAUACUUGGAGGGCAGUGUAUCUGGUUAUGUUAUACUCUGUGAGUUAUUAGUUAUGAUGUCUGAGGACAGUUAGGGGACAAACCCACUGGUCAAUUUCCAUGCGAUCCAAUGUUUUACGGAAAACACAGAAUCUUAGUUCUCUGGAACUUAAGAAGGUAAUUAAUCAGCCAGCUCUACUACUAAUUAUUUUAAUUAACAGCACUGUUGAAACUGACAGUGAGUAACAAGCUUGUGUGUUUCAUUAUAAAUGUGGUGCCUUCUGCAGUGACUGUAAAUAUUGUGUGUGGGGGUGGAAGGGUUUCCAUAUUGUCAUGUUUGAAAGGGGAUAUUUUUUUAUAAUUAUAACUAUUAUUAAUAUGAUUUGUAUUACAAAGUCUGACAGCAUUAGCAAUGUACAUCCCAAACUAAAUAAUGUUAGGUCAGCCUGACUGUAUCUUUUGUUCUCCAACUGUAAGCUAUGAUUUUAUCUGUACUUUCUAAUUAAAAAAGCUUUUGAACUAAAUAAGGCAAUACAAGCUUUCCUUGUUGGGUUUCAGAGUACUGUAAUCAUUUGUAUGUUUUUACACACUUGUCAGCAGGACAACUUAAUUGUCAGUCUGUCUUUGUGUCUUUCUAUAAUGAUCAGCCUGCCUGCUCUCUAUCUCUCUUUAGUAAAGAAGUUUAUACAAAAUACAUCCACUAUGAGGCAACAUACUCACGUAAGCCUCGUUCCCUGUUAUAGACAUUUAUUCUCAUCUGUUUUUUAUUACAUUAGGCAUUUCAAUUUCAAAAUACCCAAGUCAGAAUAUUUUGUUAAAUGCAGUAUAUGCAAUAAUCCCAAAGCACUUUACAAACCAACCUCAUCUUUACAAUUCUUAUUUUAAAUAAUCCUGCUAAAUGUUUCAAGAUACACAGUGAAGACCUUAAACUGUGGCCAGGCACAUAACAAGUAAUAAUCUACAGGUAUGGCCAAAGGUUUUGCAUCCCCGUACAAAAUUAACAUAUUUUGCUUCGUAAAUUCGAAUGAAACUUGCAGAAUUAUGUUUCGUUAACAUAUUGAAUUACAUACUGCUUUGUAGUUUUCCAUAUACUUAACAAAAAACUAACAAACAUUGAAAAAUGUGACAUUUCAAAAUCUAAAUACUGAAAUACCGUACUGCUAUUAUGAAAUACUGUACUACUUUUAUGAAAUACUGUACUGCUAGUAUGGCAUCCGGUUGAAUUUUGCAAUAUCA